AUGUUGAAUGAUGUUCCGUUUCUGUACGCCGAUCACUGUUACACGACGACAAUGAAUCCUCCUCCACCUCCUCCUGCUGCACCUCAGCAGCAGCCACCGGCACCGCUGCCGCCGCCGACGACGACCACUAACGACAACGUGAAAUCCAUCACCACUAACGGGAAUGAGUCAGCGGCGAUGACCAAGGCAAACGCCGCCGCCACGGCCACCGAAAAAGACAGACAACACAUGGAGGAGCAGCAGGCGAAGUUGACGCAGGAUUUUCAGGAGCGGAAGAAGUCUUUGACGCUCGACUUUUCGAAUCCGGAGGCAGCCAAGAAAACCAUCUCGACGUCGGACGUGAUCUCCUUGCUCGGCUUGAAGACGUCGGUUGGUCUAUCGCCGGAAAUCGAACGGUUCUUCACUCAGAACGUGGUGGUGUCGAACACCCCGACUCCGACACAGUUCAUCUUCCCAAAAAACGUCACCGCCGAACAGGAGCAGUACGCACGCGGUUUCAUCGACGCCCUGAACCAACUGCACCAAAUGCGCGGUUGCAUCCCGAUGUCCAACCUGCUGUCACCCGGCUUCAUCACCAGCACCGUCGUGCAGCCGGAGAAUAACGAAGACUCGAAAGUAAAUGAUGCACUACUUGCUUGGCCGACGCGUGAGUUGCAGUACGAAGCCGCCCGCACUGAGCCAGGACUAUUUGCGUCUAACAGUACGUCAGAUGUGUUCAUCCUGCGUCGCAUUGCGCACGAUGUUUUGCUGUCUAUUUCGCGCUUAACUUGA